AUGGACGGGGCACUCGAGCGUUUGAGGGAGCUAGCUGCAACGACCAAUGGUGCCAGCCGCCAGCAGCUUGGGGCGGAACUGUAUAGCCUGGCACAUUCCCUCGAAGAUUCCGAGACUAUCGUUGACCGGCUUGGGUAUUUGCACCUCCAAACAGUCGCUGUUAAGAUUGGCUUCAACCUUGGGCUCUUCAAACUGUUAUCCGCCUCCAAGAACAGCCUUGAGGCAGGACAGAUAGCUGACAAGCUCGGUGGCAACAAAGCACUCAUAGGUAAGACGUUUACAGCAUACGGCGCUGGACUGGACCUGACAAUGAUGUCUGCUUUCGCAGGGGCUGAGCGGGACGAGGCUCAAUGGCGGAGUCUGAUCGAAGACGCUGGGUUGAAUCUUGUCAAGGACUAUGACUACAAUCCGCUUGGAUAUGAGCGUGUGAUGGAGGUGCGCUUACCAUGA